UAAAGCUCUUUGCACAGUGCUCAUACUAAAUGCUAUAUAAGUAUUGUUAUUAUUAUCUUCAUCUAUUAAAUGAUGAUAAUAAUAUCACCUACCUCAUAAGGUUGAUGUGAAAAUAAAAUGAAAUAGCUGUAAAAUGGUUAGCACAGUGCUUGGCACAUAGCUCUGUGUAAAUGUUAUGAUGAUGAUGAUGAUGAGUCCCUAGAUAUGCUCACCUGUAAAAUGGGAUAAUUUAAUAAUAAUACCUACCUCUUAGGGUUGAUGUGGAGAUGUGAUUGUAAAGUGCUUAGCACAGUGCCUGGCACAUAACUUUAUAUAAUUGUUAAGCUGCUGCUGCUGAUUCUCACCUAUAAGAUAGACUCAUCUGUAAAAUGGGGAUAAUAAUAGCACUUACCUCCCAGCGUUGUCGUGUGUAUCAAAUGAUAUAAAGGGCUUAACAUAGUUCCUUGUACACAGUAAGCUUUCUGUAAAUGUUAGGUAUUAUUAUUAUUAUCAUCAUCCUCUGUAAAAUGGGGAUAACAAUAGCAGCUACCUCCCAGAGUUUUUGUGAGGAUCAAAGGAAAUAAUAAUUGUAAAGAGCUUAGCACGAUGGCUGGCGCAUAAUUGGUGUGAUACAAGUAUUAUCGUUAACUAUUAUUAAUAGUUAACAGUAUUAAUAGUGAAGAGCAAGGAUGUCGUAUAUUGCUAAUCAGGAAAUAUGUGAUUAUUUAAUUAUCCAAAAACUCUUCCUGACCCUUCAUAAGUGCUUGUUGAUUGAUUGGUAAGGAUGAGAAUGGCUGCUCUUCAGGAGGGUGGCUAGUACCAUAGGAUGAAAGGGGGAUCGAGAAAGGCAAGACUGAAGCGGUAGGUGAAAUACAUUCGGUCAGCACCAGGAACUGGGACAGCUUCCACUGUGCUUUAGGGCUGGGCUCGGCGCAAAGUCGCUGUCUCUAGAGUUGGGUGCUGAGGUUGGAUUCUAUUCUGGAGACGUCAACCUGAACUUCCGCUUUAGAGCAUGCGCAAUUCGCGCCCUGGCUCCACCCUCACUUAGUGACUGUCCUAGUUUCCCCUCCUCUCUCCCGCCCCCUUCUCCCUCCCUUCAGUUCAUGCGUCUGAUCCCCGCCUGCGGAGGCUGCGGCGACGUGCUGCGUCAUGGUGCGCUCUUCACCUGAGACGUUCUGACGACCCCGGAAGUGGGCCGGGGGCUUGGCCACUGCCCGGCCGCUGAGCCGGAGCAGUGACCGAGAGUGCAGGGCAAGGCCUAGCCGGCCGCAGUUCCCCGGGCCGAUCCAGCUCCAGGGGUUCCAGGAUGCUGAACGUCCCUUCUCAGGCUUUCCCGGCCCCCGGCUCUCAGCAGCGCGCCGCCUCCGGAGGGCGCAGUAAGGUACCUUUAAAACAAGGCAGAAGUCUUAUGGAUUGGAUUCGAUUGACCAAAAGUGGAAAGGAUCUCACAGGACUGAAAGGAAGAUUAAUUGAAGUAACUGAAGAGGAACUUAUACGACACAACAAAAAAGAUGAUUGUUGGGUAUGCAUAAGAGGGCUUGUUUAUAAUGUUAGUCCAUAUAUGGAAUAUCAUCCAGGUGGGGAAGAUGAACUGAUGCGAGCAGCAGGUUCAGAUGGUACAGACCUUUUUGAUCAGGUACAUCGUUGGGUCAAUUAUGAAUCUAUGCUGAAAGAAUGUCUUGUUGGCAGAAUGGCUGUUAAGCCUGUUGCUGUUGCUAAAGAAAAUCAUGAGAAGAAACUUUUAAAUGGCAUACUUCUCAAAAGCCAAGUAUCAGAUUUACCUGCCAAAGAAAUUUCUCCAAGCUAUGAUUGGUUCCAAACAGAAUCCUUAGUCACCAUUGUCACAUAUACCAAACAGAAGGAUAUGGAUUUAGAGUCUGUAAUAGUUGACUAUCAAGAUGGUUCCUUUAGAGCGGAAAUUAUUAUCAAGGAUCAUUCAUAUCUUCUAUAUACUGAAUUGAGCCAUGAAAUUCAAGAGGACAUUACUGUGCAUGUUGCAGAAAAAACGGGUAAAGUAGAGAUUGUUCUGAAGAAAAAAGAUAAUAUCUCUUGGAAGUAUCUUGGACAUCCCCUGGAGAAUCAUAAUUCAUUUACUGCACACAGAGAUACAGGGCUAUACUAUAGAAAGUGCCAGCUGAUUUCCAAAGUGGAUGUUACCCAUGAUACCAAACUUUACUGCUUGAUGCUACCACCAGGUACUCAUCUUCAGGUGCCCAUUGGGCAACAUGUUUACCUCAAGCAAACUGUUGCAGGUACAGAAAUAGUGAAGCCGUAUACACCUGUAUUGGAUUCCUUAUACUUGGAUUUACAGGAACCAAUUCAUCCUCACAACAAAUAUAUCUAUUUUAUGAUGAAAAUCUAUCACACUGGACUUUUCACACCACACUUUGAUUGUCUUCAAAUAGGAGAUGGUGUUUCUUUGAGUAGUCCUGAGGGCAACUUUAAGAAAUCUCAGCUCCAAGAAUUAGAAGAACUCUUCUUAUUGGCAGCUGGAACAGGCUUCACACCAAUGGUUAAAAUACUGAAUUAUGCUUUGACUAAUAUAACCAGCCUCAGGAAAGUGAAGCUAAUGUUCUUCAACAAGACAGAAGGAGAUAUCCUCUGGAGGAAUCAGUUGGAGCAGUUAGCAGACAAGGAAAAAAGAUUUGAAGUUGAAUUUAUUCUCUCAGAGCCCACCAGUGAAUGGACAGGCAAACAGGGAAGAAUUUCAUUGCCUCUUCUUUCAGGGUUUGUGAAAAGAAGUAUAGAAAACUCUAGAGUCCUCGUCUGCAUCUGUGGGCCAGAACCAUUCACAGAACAAGGAAUACGGUUGCUGAAGGAUCUUAACUUUUCUAAAGAAGAAAUCCAUAGUUUUACUGAGUGAAGAGCUCCUGCAGGAUAUUGGCAAAUUUAUGUAGCUGUUUUUGAGUGUUUGGAUUUUUUUUAAAGGAAACUUUAGUGUUUACUUUCUUUCUCUCUCUCUCUCUCUCUCUCUCUCUCUCUCUCUCUCUCUCUCUCUCUCUCUCUCUCUCUCUCUCUCUCUCUCUCUCUCUCUCUCACUCUAGAAGGUGACUACGAGGCCAGUCCUAAGGUUUCUUCAAUAUUAUGCAACCAUCUCUGCAGUAACAUAGUUUGUCAGGCUUUAAUCUCAGCAUCUUGACUGAUUUUACUAUUACUAUUGGCUUUUCUUCUGGGGAGUUCAUCAUGGAGACAAUAUUUAUGGCCCUAGAUGAAAUAUGUUACAGAAUCACUUUUAAAUGAUUCACUGUUCUACUGUAAGCCCCUGUUAUGAGUAUUUUAUGAUUCAUUAUGUGGUAAAUGGUCACUUUGAUCACAUUUUUAUGCUGUAAAAUGUCUUCUAGCAAUACAGUCUGAAUUUUACAUUGCACUGUUAACUCAGGAAAUGAUCACUUAGGUUCUUGUUAUUAGUAUUAAACCAUGGAAUGUUAUGACUUAUUAACUGAUCCAAACAAGAUCUUUUUUAUGUAUAUGACAUUGAUACAAAGUAAGGUAAAAUUACAUGUAGAUAUUUUUUAAUACUUAUCAGAAAUGUGAUGAAUGUAGCAAUGUUGGACCUCCAGCUCUAAAAUCCAGUGUCCCUCUAUACAUAACUUUAGAGCUGGAAAGGACCCUAUAAGUCAUCGAUUCCAACCCUUUUCUUUUUAUAAAUGAGGAAACAGACCCAGAAAAGUCAGAAAUAUUUAAAAUUCCCAAGGUCACGAGGCUAGUUAGUAUAUGGCAGCUGGGACUUAGAACUCAAGUGUCCCAAACCCCAGUUGAAUGCUGUAGCAUCUGAGAAGAAUUCAGGGGAAAGAGAACUAUUUAGAAUUAUAGCACCACUUUUAAAUGAAUUCACUGUUCUACUGUAAACCUCUGUUAUAAGUAUUUUAUGAUUCAUUAUGUGGUUUCAGAAUAGGGAAGCUAGCCUAAGAUAGAUAGCAAAAGAAACAAGUGUCACUCUUUUAACCAAAAUUAUGUGAAAAAGGUGGGCACAUCAGUACAGGGAAUGUAAAAGACUAGCUGUCUGGUUUCAUAGGGAACAUUGUGUAAUUACUUUGUUCUUUGCUUGUCAUUCUUCUCUUACCUCACAAUGGGGAAAUUUCCUGAGUGACUGUGUUGACAGUUUAUUCUUCCUCCUCAGCAGUAUUAUAAACCUUCCCCCACUUCCAUGGAGAGCCAGACAGAAAGGGCCUGCAAGAUAGCUACAAUUAAAGUGCACAUUAAUGAGUGAUUUAAUUUAAUGUUGAUUAAUUAAGUCAAAUAGCAGGUGUGCCUUGGGUUUACCCAGGAUAGCUUUAUUUGAUAACAUCAUUUUGGACAUUGUUUUCAUAGAGAUAAGGUAAACUAAAGGCCUGAAUUUACUUUAUGUAAUUUGGUGACUAGAUAACUGACCCUGUGACUAAGAACCCUAUCUCAUCUUCCCAAUCCUUACUGAAAAACCAUGAAUUGUGGGGAGAUAGAAAUAAAUGGGAGUCCUAGUUCUAUUUCUGGCUCUGCCUCUAACUAGCAGUUUAAUGUAGAACUUCAGCUUCUUUGAACAUUAUUUUUCCUCAUCUAUAAAAUUGGUUUUAUUUUUAAGACCUUUUCCAGCUCUAAAAUUUUGAGUUCAAAUCUUCUAAAACCCUUGAAAGUAUUCUGAAAUUCAGAAUGUCCAGAAAAGUCUUCCUCUACCUCUUUGCGCUCCUCUAAACUGGUUUCACCUAAUUAAGCACCAGCAUUAAAGAUAAAUAGUUGCUUAUUCAUUUUUUUUUUUGUAUUAAAACUGAAAUAGUAGAAUGUUCUUCCAGUUUUCAUCCCAGAUGUGCAUUUCAUCUUCAUUAUGGCAUGAUGUAGACUAGCCUUAGAACCUAGCCACUGCAUCCUUGACCUUUGAGCAACAUGUGACAUUCACAUCCUAGCCUAUCUAUACCUCUGUUGGCUUCCAUGAUUCUGAUUCCUCCUUGUCUUCCUCUUAUUUUGUCUGCACCUUCUCAGACUCCUUGGAGGCUCCUCCUUCUAGCUAACAAGUAUGGGUAUCCCUAAUGGCUCUUUCCUUAGCCUUCUUUUUUCUAUGUGGGCUAUCCUUUGGUUAUCUCAUAUUCUCCUGUAGUUCCAGGACCUCUUUACAGAGGACUCACAAAUCCCAUUUUCUCCCCUUUUGGACAUCACUUGAGACAUCUCACAUGACCAAAAGUGAAUGGAGAGGCAGCUGGGUCAUGCACGGGAGACAGGAAAAUCUGAAAUCUUAUCCAGUCUUCAUACACUUCCUAGCUAGGUAACUGAGGGCAAGGCACUUAAUCUCUGUCUGCCUCACUUCUCUCAACUGUAAGAUAGGAAUAAUAACAACACCUACCCACCUACCUCCCUGGGUUGUAAGGAUCAAGUGAGACUUGUAAAGCCCUUAGCACAGUGCCUGGCACAUGGCACUGUAGAAAUGUUAGUUAUAACCACUGUUUUCUAUAAGCAUCUUUGACAGAACCAAACUUUCCUAAAAUGUGCAUCCAUUUUAUUAUUCCUGGUGGCUAUUAGUUAUAUUUUUUAUAAAGUAAUGUGACUUGACAUUGAUUCAAGAAUAAGGCAUUACUUUGGGGUACCCCCAUUCUUUAGCACAUGCAUUUAUAGAAAUUUUUGCUUAUUGUUAUCUAUAAAGCACUAGAACAGUGCAUGGCACAUAGCAGGCACUUAAUAAGUCCCUUCUUCUCUCCCAUUGAUGGUAUAAUCAUCUCAUCAUUCACCAAAGUGUGAAACCCAGGAGACAUCUUUCAUGCACCCUUCUUUCAUCCACAUCCAGUCAGUUACCAAGUCCUAUUGAUUGCACCAUGGUAAUAUCUGUUCCAUAGAUUUCCUGCCAGCUGCACACUGCCAUUGCUCUAGCUCAGGUCUUCGUCAUCUCUUUUCUGUACUACUGUUGAGAGCUCCCUCUUCUAGUUUCUCUCCUCUCCAUCCUUCACACAGGUGCCAAAAUAUCCUUAGUGCAUAGUUCUCUGAGCCUGUUGCAUCACAGACAUGUCAGGGAUCUAGAUUUGAUUACUGGAGGGAGUUCUCUCUCAGCCUAUCUUAACUUAGUUGCCUGGAGCUCAAAGAUUAAGUGACUUGCCCAUGGCUAAUAAGUGUCAGAGGCAAGAUUUGAACCAAGGACUUGAUGCCUUCAAAUCCUAGCCUCCAUUCCAUGCCAUAUCUCAACCAUGUUAUUCCUUUUCCUAAAAACCUCAGAGUGUCUCCCUAUUUCCUUUACAGAAAAGUAUAAAAUCCUAAGCUUUUGAGGGCCAACUCUGGCUCUGGCAGACAUUUUUUUAGCCUUAUUUCACACUUUACCUUUACGUAUUCUCCAUUCCAGAUCAGCUAUAUAGUCCCUGACCUUUUCAUGCACCUUCUCUAUGUGUUCAUAUUGAUUGUUCCCCAUUCCUAAAGACAUUGCCUCCUCAAUUUUGACCCCUGAAAUUGUUCUCUUCCUUUGGGACACAUGGUCUUCCACGAAACCUUCCCAGAGCCUUCCAGUUAGAAGGGAUUUCUCCCUUUUCAAAUUCUUCUUCCCCUUUUCCCUCAUCAUUUUCUAACUUGAUACAUAUUUGUUUAUGUAUAGAUUAUAUUUUCCCAUCAGAUUGUACACCCUAUGAGGGCAGGAAUUAUUUUGUUUGGGUUUUUUUUUUUUUUAACCUCUGUAUUGGCACUCAGCCCAGUGCCUGGCACAUAGUAGGUGCUUAAUAAAUGUUGGCUGAAGUGAAUCUAAAUUUAAUUAUUGUUUCUUCCAGCUCUUAAACAUUUAAGACAAGUAUUUGUGGAACUUUAACACCAUUUGGAAAAGAAGAAAGAAUAAGUCCAGAGUGGAGUAGAAAUCUCUUUCAUAUGAAACAGAUAAAUCUUGAAGCAUGAAAUGUGUUUUUUUUUUUUGGUAAAAUUUAAUCAGAUUAAAGAGAGGAAAAUGCUGAAUUUUGAGGAAGAUUCAUUUCCACAAACUAAAGACUUGUGGUCACAGAUUAGAUUUCCCUUGUUAUCUUAUGCAUUUUGAGAAUGAAUCCACAGUUUUCAGGAAACUACCAAAAGAAUCCAUGACAAAAAUGGUUAAGAACCUCUGGUUUAUGUACUGCCUUUGAUGCAGUCAGGCUGUGUGACCACAGACAAGUCAUUUACCUCUUUAAUUUUGUUCGAAACCACUCUUUUAAGAUUAUGAAUUGUAAGUUACCAGUGAAGGGAAAUUAUGCUUAUAAGUUUUCUACACUAAUGAAAUCAAGAGUUCUGGGUUGGAGGAGGAAUCUGGUUUUUGAAAAUUCAAGUAAAUUAUAUGGAUGCCUCAGGAUCAUUCUACAUUAAAGAAAGACUGGAGAGAUCCACAUAGUGAGAGGAGAAAUCCUGUUCGGUAAAACCCCCUGGAACCUGUCUAGUAUAAUUCUAGGGUGACAAACAUUUGGCCACAUAGAGUGCCUAAAGAGCAUCUUUUGUGCAAAACAACUUACCCAAAAAAGCCUUUCCCAGAAAUCUGAGGUAUUCAAUCCUCAUAUUUCAUGUGAUAGACCACAAAUAUCACCCAAAUGACAUGUAGGUAUAGAUCUAUAUGUUCAUUACCUUUAACGUUCCUUCAAAAAGCAAUGGUUUGUCUCCAUUAUUAAAUUGUUCCUAUUCAUCCACAUCUUUCUGGCAGUUGCAUGUGAAUUUCAGCAACUUCCUGAGGCCAGUUUUCCACAAAAGAAUAAGUGAAGAGUCCACCCUUGCUUCUUAAUCAAGUUGUUGAUCUCACUAUUAUGAAGUACAGAGCAUGCCUGAUCCAGAUCACUUUAAUAGACUGAUUAGAAAACAUUCACAGAAGAAGGAAAUGAAUCCUAGAAGACUCAUCUCCCACUGGAGACCAAUGUUCAAAUCUUGAUUGGGUUGCCAAUGCAAAUGAGGGUUUUAAAGUGUUCUCCCAGUUAUUGUCCCUUCAUGAUGUUUGCCUAUGCUUCAUUCAGUACUUUUGUUUGAUUCCUUGACCUGAAAACCUCAGGGGAGUUGGCAGGCAGCCUCAGAGGUUCACUUAAAUGGUUGACUUUCUGUGGAAUUUCUCUCCAAAUUCAACUUUUUUUUUAAGCCAUUAUUGUUGACUCAUUGCAUUUUAUUGCAUUGUUUUUUUGUUUUGUUUUUUAACAAAUUGUUUUGCCAGUACUGCUUUAAAAGAUUGUGCUUAUCUGUCUGAGCAAUUAGAGCUCAGGUAAUCAGAUGCUUGUUUUCUUGGGAUUUAUGUAAUUCUGCAAGUUCAUGCCUGUUCUUUCUAGUUGACAAAUGAAAGUUUCUGCAAGAAAGCUUUGAGAGAAAUGGGACUGAAGGUUGCAAGUAGGGGAGAAGAAGAAAAGGAGAGAGAAGAGCAAAGAGGCAAAGUUUUUAUUACAAAAUGAUGCCAGGGAAAUUAAAAAAGAAAUUUUAAGGUGUUUUAACCAUCUGAACCUAAUAAUAAUUAUAUAAAUAAAAUACAUUUGUAAAAACAAUAUACAAGUAUAUAAUUUUAAUGCAAUCAUUUUGCUGUUUUGUAGCAUUUUAAGAAUCACAAAGGGCUAAAUAUUUUAAUUUUAGCAUCCAUUUUUAAAAAAUCUUUUGAAUUUUAAAUUCUCUCCCUCCUUCCCUUCUCUCCCCCUCCCAUUGAGAAGGCAAGCAAUAAGUUACCCAUUAUAUGUAUGAAGUCAUGUAAAUAAAUCACUAUUAGCCAUGUUGCAAAAAUAAAUAAAAAAGCAAAAAACAAA